CCGUUGCCAUCGGAGUGAUGUGCCGUAUUGAGUGAGGGCUCGUUGGACUUUGGGGAACUUAAAAACGGAAGCACAGAAAGGAUUUGCUCGUGCAGUUCUGCCAUCGUUUGAAUCCGUGUUUGAAUAAACUCUCGAAACAAUGACCGGUGGUGCGACAACGUAUCGUAUGUUUCUGCCAGUGCUCUGUGUGAUCCUAACGAUGGAAGGAUCGGUGGCCGGUGCUGAUGCUGAUGUCUCGGAGCAAGGAGAUCGACCGAAUCAACUGUAUCUGGGAUGCCACAAGCGACUUUUUACCUAUCGGGUGUCACAAACGGAUAGUAAAGGGCGCGAAUGCUGGGACCAUGUGAGUGUCCUAUCGUGCUGGGGCCGUUGUGAUUCGAACGAAAUCUCCGACUGGCGCUUUCCGUACAAACGGUCGCAUCAUCCAGUUUGUGUGCAUGCGGGACGUACGAAGGCGGUGGCGAAGCUGAGACACUGCCACCCGGAUGCGGAUCUUGUAGCGCGUCAGUACGAGUAUAUGGAACCGAAAUCCUGUAACUGCCAGACAUGCUCCAGCACGGAUACAAGCUGCGAAGGACCGAAGCAGCUCAAUACGGAGGCGGUUACGAAAAUCUUUCAAAUCGAGGACGAAGACACCGAACCAGAGUACCAUUAACGGGACUGUCUGUGUCUGUCGGUGUCUAAUCAUCUCGACCUGAUCUCAUCAUCAUCCCCAUAAUGGUAGCCAUUCAACGGGAGGGGCGUGCUUUGUGUUAGGUGGUUAGGUGUUCUUCCCCCCCGGCCAGCCAGUACAGAAAACC